CGCCACAGCCACAAACAUUGACAAACAACUCCCUCAAACCUUGUGUACAUAGUGGUCUCGCCCUCCUCGCCAACGUCAACGCCUCAAGAAUAAGUCAAUCUCAAAAUGGGCCUUAAAGAAUUCCAGGUCGUCGGACGCCACUUACCCACCACAAAUGAGCCCAACCCUAAAAUCUAUCGCAUGCGCAUCUUUGCUCCUAAUGAAGUUGUUGCAAAAUCCCGGUUCUGGUAUUUCCUCAGGCAAUUGAAGAAGGUCAAGAAAGCCAGUGGUGAAAUCAUUGGUGUCAACGUUAUACAUGAGGCAAAACCUCUGAAGGUCAAGAACUUCGGUAUCUGGCUCCGCUACGACUCGCGAUCAGGAACCCACAACAUGUACAAGGAGUUCCGUGACCUCACUCGUGCUGAUGCAGUCAAAAGCCUUUACCAGGAUAUGGCUGCCAGGCACCGUGCCCGCUUCCGGUCGAUCCACAUCCUCCGCGUUGUUGAGAUCGCUAAGACUGAUGAUGUCCGCCGCCCCUACAUCAAGCAGCUCCUUACCCCCAACCUCAAGUUCCCUCUUCCUCACCGUGUCAGCAAAUCUGCUGCGACAUUCGUUGCUACUCGUCCUUCCACUUUCUGAUUGUCUUUUACGAUGUGAAGGCGCUACGGAGUAUGGGUUUGCAUGCAUACCUAAGUACGGGUUCAUAUGUAAAAUUUCUUCGUCCUGCAAUGGUCGAUAUUCACAUGCAUAUAUGGCAUCCAAGCUCAUGAUUUUCAUCUUUUGCGAGAUCUGUAGGUGAUCGAAACUCGACGAUCUAUCGUGGGUGAUUCUACCUGUCGUUGAUCACGGAACACGUCGGCAUGAUCUGACUCAUUCAUCACGUUGUAACAUGAAUGGAGCUCCUGUUGAGCAGCUCUGGUGCUCUCAAAAUACGAAAGACGUCGUGGAUGGUCUUUGAUAGCCAGGCAUAAUCUGGGUCACUUGUCAAAGACGGUUUUAAGCUGUGCAUACGUUCCUGUCCGGAAGAAAUCAGCGCCCAGCCUUUCAUUACCUAAGUUUGCGCAGCCGCAGCGUACUACGGUGGAAGU